AUGCAAGUACAGUUGGUUAUGGUGUUGCAGCAUAUCUUGUUCUUCACGAUGGAAACCAACCAAGUUCAGUCAAAUCUUGUCAUGGGAAAAUCAAGAGUAUCUCCCAAAAAGCUGGUGACUAUACCUAGAUUAGAACUUACAGCUGCAACUGUGUCUGUCAAGGUUGCUCAACACAUCCUGAAGGAGUUGGAGUUUACUGUUGGCAAGGUAGUGUACUACACAGAUUCAACAACAGUCCUUCACUAUAUUCAUAGCAACACUAAAAGGUUCCCUGUUUUUGUAGCCAACAGAGUCAGGGUUAUAAGGGACUACUCCCAGCCUGAGCAAUGGAAAUAUGUAAACUCCAGUGAUAACCCUGCUGAUGUGGCAUCAAGAGGUAUUAGUGUACAUCAGUUCUUGCAGUAUGACGAAUGGUUUCAUGGCCCAUCAUUUAUUGCAUCUGAUUAUUUGCCUUCACAGGAGUAUGUGUGUGCAGAUUGUGUUGAUGGUAAGAGUGAACAUGUGUCUGCGGUCACAAUUUCUGAAGAACAUCAUGGGUUUACAAGAUUGAUUGAAUAUUUCUCUUCAUGGUCAAGGUUACAAAAGGCAGUUUCUGUAUUUCAACAACUAAAGUCAAUCCUUAGUGGUAAAAGGAAAGGUUGUGUAACCACUGAUGCUGAAAGGGCAAUCAUAAUGUAUGUUCAACAGGAGGUGUUUGGUGAUGAAGUGAAGGCUUUAUCAAGGGAAUUGUCAGUUGGCAAGAGUAGUCCAAUAUAUAAGCUUGAUCCCUUUCUUGAUUCUGAGGAUGGCUUAUUGAAGGAAGUUGAAAGACCAGCUUUGAGUCAAAAGAUGGCUGAUCUUCCAGCAGACAGAUUGGAACCUUCACCACCAUUCAGUAAUGUUGGUAUUGACCUCUUUGGACCCUAUUACAUCAAGGAAGGAAGAAAGGAGUUAAAGAGAUUUGUUUCUCGAAGAGGUCAUCCCAAGGUUAUCAGAUGUGAUAAUGGAACCAACUUCCAUGGGGCUGAGAGAGAACUUAAGGCAGCUCUUGAUGAGAUGGAGGAAAAGAAGAUUGAGAAGUAUUUGUCGCAUCAUCAUAUUGAAGGGAAAUUCAAUCCACCUGCAGCAAGCCACAUGGGUGGUUGUUGGGAGCGCCAAAUCAGAACAGUUAGAAAAGUGAUGUCUGCACUGGUGAAGGAAUUUGGUGGAAGGACUAAAUGA